AUGUCAGACAACGUUAAAACAACUUUAUCAACUGAUGAUAAUACUGACAAAGAAAUUAAAUCAGAUGUAUCAUCUGCUACUAAUGGCGAUACAAAUUCAUCGACAUCUGUACGUUUAUUUGGUCAAUUUAAACAAAAUGGUUUUGGUUUCAAUAGUCUAUCAACAUCAACAUUUGGUCAAGUAUUACCAAAAGAGAAAACUGAUGAUAAUAUUUCAGCAUCAACAUAUUUUACAAAUACACUUUCAAAAAUCUCAACAACAUCGACAGGUGGUUUUGGUGCAUCAUCAACACCAUUAGCUGCAUCACUUGCUUCACUUGGUGCCAAUAAACCAUUAUUUGGUGGUUCAAGUGGUACAACUCCAAGUUCAUUUACAGAUCUAAAAACAACAUCAUCAAAUUCAUUACAAAGUAAAACAAAUACUGAUGAAGAGAAUGAUGAAAAAGAUGAAAAUGAAGAAGAUAAUAAAGCAUCAUUAUUAGAAACAGUAGCUGAAUAUGAAGCUAAACGAGCAUCAACACAUCCAGCUACAACUAUACAAGGUGAUACAUCAACUGGAGAAGAAGAUGAAAUAACGAAAUUUCAUAUGGCCGGUAAAUUGUUUAUGUAUAAUGCUGAACAACAACAAUUCGUUGAACGUGGCUAUGGAAUAUUAAAAAUUAAUGAAAAUCAUGAUCCAUCAGAUUGGGAUCGAUUGCAAGCUCGAAUAAUUAUGAGACUUGAUAAAUCAUUUCGUGUUAUUCUUAAUUCACCUAUAUUUCCAAAAAUGACAGUUGAACGUGCUACUGAUCGUUCAGUACGAUUUGGUGCUCAAGAUGAAUCACAAUUAAGAGUAUUUAUUAUCAAAUCUUCAGCAAAUGAAUGCGCUAAUCUAUGCAAAGAAUUACAAUCACGUAUUCAGAUAAUUGAACAACAACAACAAGCAUCAAAUACAAAUACACCUACAAAAAUUAGUAAUACAAAUGUUUCAUCUGACGUAGUUGUUCUCGAUGAUACAUCACCUAAACCAAAUUCAUCAAUUGGCACUCGUAAACGAUCUCAUUCAAAAAGCGAUUCAGAUACAUCAGAAACAACAAAUGAUAUUUCAAAAAAAACCAAAGUGGUUGAAGGAUAUCGAGAUAUAAACAAUGAUGCUGCUAAUCAAUCAACUAGUCCAGAUGAUUCUUUUGAAAGUAAUAAAACAAGUGAAUAA